AUGGAAGCAUUAAUGCAAGUAAUGGCCGCAAAGAAACGAGAGAUUCUUAGUGUCCAGGAAAAGAAACAGCAUACAAAAGAAAAGUAUCUUCGUCGGGCGGAAAUUGAGUCACUUUUGGACCAAGAAACGGCGCAAAAACAGCAAGAAAUGACGCUAAAAAAACGUAAAAUCGAGCUGGAGACGCCGACAAAAAUGGGUACAAAUUUAGACUAUACAAAAACCAAGAGAAAUAAUGACCCAAAUACGGAAAAAGUCUUAUCCUGGCCUGAUAUGCGUCGACGAUUACGAGAAUUGGGUGAACCCAUUACACUUUUUAAUGAAAACUUAGAGGAUCGGAUGAUGCGGCUUCGUCGACUUGAAAUGGACGCUGCGACGAGACAUGACGAUGAGCUUGGAGCUGGUCACGAUAUUCGCAAUCGUUUUGUUGGUGGAAUGGGUACAUACGAUCAAAAAGAAGAAGCAGCUGAUGCAGCAGAAGAUGCAGAAGAAUUUGAAACGUCGAGUGACAAUCACAAGAAAAAGAAUGAUAGGAAAACUAUAGAAGAAGAAGAAGAAGAAGCAGAAGAAGAGAGUGAUGCUGAUAAAAUGGUGUACCGCUUUUUUAAAGGAAUGCUGCACAAAUGGGAAAAAGACUUGACGUGUCGACCUGAUCAUGUGAAACGUACCGCUCAAGGAAAAAUUGCUGUCCAGACGAUGAAGCAGUGCAAAGAUUAUAUUCGACCACUGUUCAAGUUGUGCAAACAACGUCAAGUACCGUCGGAUAUUUUGCCCAAGUUGGUCGAUAUUGUCAAGUUUUGUCGACAAGGAGAGUUUGUAAUGGCGAAUGAUGCUUAUAUUAAGUUGGCGAUUGGUAAUGCAGCGUGGCCGAUUGGUGUAACUAUGGUCGGUAUCCAUGAACGUACGGGUCGGGAGAAGAUUAACUCGAACAAACAGGCACAUGUCAUGAACAACGAGUCCCAGCGGAAGUACCUUACGUCUGUCAAGCGGUUGAUGUCAUAUGCGCAAUCCGUCUCAAGUGUGCUGCCAUCGAAGCGCGUGUUGUGA